AUGACUGUGUCUUACACUCUUGAGGUCGCUAACGUGAGGUUUGGAGGAUUCUCCAAGCUUUUAUUCAGGUGGAAGGGCAGCAUCUACAAGCUGCUGUACAAGGAAUUUCUGCUGUUCUGUGCAAUCUACAUCUUUUUUAGUUUACUGUACAGGUUGUGUCUAACAUCCGAGCAGCAGAAUGUGUUUGAGCUUAUCUCCCUUUACUGCAACCAGUUCACUAACACCAACUUCAUCCCUGUUCUCUUUGUGCUCGGCUUUUAUGUGACACUGGCAUUCAAUCGAUGGUGGGGUCAAUACACCAGUUUCCCGCUUCCCGACAACCUAAUGAUGGUGGUCUCCGGAAACGUCCACGGAGCUGACGAAAAGGGUCGGCUGUUGCGACGCACGCUCAUGAGAUACGCCAACUUGUCGUCGGUGCUGAUCCUGCGCUCCAUCAGCACCAGAGUGCACAAGCGCUUCCCCACACUGGAGCAUGUUGUGGAGGCUGGCUUUAUGACAUCAUGCGAGCUAAAGAUUUUAGAGUCCCUGGACUCAGACUUCAACAAAUACUGGAUGCCCUUGACCUGGUUCGUCAACUUGGCAUCCAGAGCGAGGGAGGAGGCCCGCGUGAGGGACGACAUCGCUUUGAGACUCCUCAUGGAUGAGUUGAAUAACUACAGGGCCAAGUGUAGCCUCUUGUUUCACUACGACUGGAUCAGCCUCCCGCUGGUCUACACUCAGGUGGUUACGUUAGCGGUCUACUCCUUCUUUGCCUUGUGCGUCAUCGGCCGCCAGUUCCUAAACCCGGAAAAAGGCUACAAGGACCACAAGGUAGACCUGUAUGUGCCCUUCGUCACCUUGCUGCAGUUCUUCUUCUACGCUGGAUGGCUUAAGGUGGGGGAGUUGAUCAUCAACCCGUUUGGAGAGGAUGACGACGACUUUGAAACGAACCAGCUGAUUGACAGAAACAUACAGGUGUCCAUGCUGGCAGUAGAUGACAUGUACCAGAACCUGGCACCCCUGGAGAAGGACAAGCACUGGGCCCAAAGACAUUUCAACAUCCCAUAUACAGUGUCCACAGCAGCAGACCGCCUCAGACCAGCUUUCAAAGGCUCCACCUUUGACAUGAGAAUGAGCUUGGAGGAUCUUGAGCAGGCUGCUGAUGGUUUCCCUCUGAGGGAGGACCACAAAAACAUCCUCCUUCAGGGCUGUAGCCUUCCAUCACUGAUGGAUGCGACAACCUUCACAGCAGUCAACGAAGAGGAUGAGACCCAUUGCAGAGAAAAUGAAAUCACAGAAUCAUACUAG